UAUUUAAAACCAACAGGUAUUCUUCGUAACCAUUUUUUUCUUCACACUUCGCUUUUUCACUUUUCUCUGUCUCCUUCUCCCCCACCUCUGACCUUCCCUUCUUUCUCUUCCACACCAUCCCCUUCUGUCUGUUUUCCUCUCUGCUCUACCGAUAACGAGAUGAUAGAAGACGAGUGGGUUAAAGCGGCCUUCUCGGACGAUUAUUUGGUGGCCGAGUUGUUGAUGCGUCUCAACAAGGCGGAAGAGCACGCGUCCCCGACGGUGAAGAGGCUGGCGGCGGUGCCUCCGCUCGGCUGGGGCGUAAGACAGCCGCGGUCCAAGCAGGUAGUGAGAUGCAAUAUUGUGCAGGCGAAGAAGGAAGGUGAGUCGUCGACACGGGCGAGUCCCACCACGCCACUGUCGUGGAGCGGUGGCAAGUCUUUUAGUGGUGGUGCAGCCGACGAUGGGUGCGAAGAGUCGAGCAAACCAGCCAAGAGGCCAAGCGGCGGGAGAUCUAAGGUCACCCCCACAAACGAAAACACUACCGCCACCACCACCAUCACCACCACUAGGAGAUCAAGAAGGAAGAAGACAUUUGCGGAACUCAAAGAAGAGGAGAGUUUACUGUUGAAAGAAAGGACGCAUUUGAAAAGGGAAUUGGCAGCACUACGGAUCACUUUGGAGGAACAGAGAACACGAAAUGAGAACUUGAAGAGAAGGAAGCUCGAUUUGCAAAACCAAUCGGCUAACAAAGCAGUCACGCCAAAGGAACCACUCUGUGAUGGACCCCAACAUAUUGAAUCAGUAUCAGUUGUGGACACUCCUACAGGCGAGCCAACAACUGCCCCACCCAAUGAGCUUGAUGCUGCAGUAUGUUCAUCUCCUCCUUCCGAAUCGCACGAAGUACGAAAUAAAGAUGUUUGUAGCAGGGAGAGUCUCUUUGUACUGCCUGAUCUAAAUCUGCCUCUGGAAGAUGAUUCCGGCCCCGAGGAUUUAUAUGGAAUGAGCUAGGAAAGAUAACCCACAAUCAUCUUCUCUUUUCUCCAAGCAACAGUCACUGAAUCAGAAGCUCAAUCAAAAGGGGAUACGCCAUGGCACUGAUGACCCUGCAAGUUGGGCGAGUUGUCCUAACUGUACAUAGGAAGAAUCCAUAUCUUCCAUUGGAGGAAAAAUUAGAAAUAAUACCGCCGACUACAGUUGCUGAUUGUUGGCGGUGAGUCGCGAAGAAGGUACUGAGGGCAGAGCGUUGUAGGGAUCCUAACCAUUAGAUGUUGAUAGAUUCUUUUUUGUAGGUUUCUGCAUUUGUCCAGAAUUCUUUGGGGCCGACCCUCAUUACUUGUUUUUUUCUAAUAUUUUUCCUCGAAACAGUUACAUAUAAAAGUGUAAUUAAAUGAAUCAUGGAGGGCUCAGAUAAUGGGCACCUCUCUUGAAACAUUUUGUAUCUAAACCGGACAGAGUUUCUGUUCCCCACUAGCUGCUGGAUUAGUUUUUUUCUC